AUGGGUAUCCCUGUCUUUGGCGCGAUCAUCACCGGUCUCGCUUGCUCCUUCAUACAAUCCCUAGUUUUCCAGCUUGAUGCCCUCCCCAUCGGCAUCCUAGCGCCCCUUGGAGCCGUAUCACUAGUCUUCAAUGCCUCUGGUGAGCCCUCUUCACUUCCUGGCAUAAUAUCGCAAUCUCCAACGCAAUGUAGAAGAAGAGACAUCCCCAUCUCUAUGCCCCCCAGCAACUACGCCUCACCUCGCUCACCUGCUGCCAUCCCCUUCCGCGCCGCCCACCCAAUAUCCGUCAGCCCGCCCAGUAAAGCCACAAGUGAAGAACGCGACUCGCCUUUGGGCCACAAGGCACCAAUCAGGCGGCUUCCUGCGUCUUCUAUGGCCUAUAAUCAGCUGGAAGAAGAAUCAAGAGCAGCCGAUCCCUUCCCAAGCGCGUACCCUCACGUUGUGUGGUCUCGGAUUCGCGGCAGCGUCUGGCACCUUGUCGGCGACUCUGAGUCUGACGUCGAUGAAGAGCUCGAAGCUGGGGAAGGCGCCACACUCUUGGGAGGUGAUACUUCCAAUGAGCCGGAAAACAGCGAGCCGGCUCGCCACUCUUGA